AGUGACGAGGCCGUUGAGUCGGAAGUUGUGCUGUGCUGCAGCUGCCGUUUCGGGGCAGGAUGGCGGUGGAUGUUAAAUCCCGGGCGAAGCGCUACGAGAAGCUCGAUUUCCUGGGCGAGGGACAGUUUGCCACUGUAUAUAAGGCAAAAGACAAGAACACUGACAACAUUGUUGCAAUUAAGAAGAUUAAGGUUGGUCACAGAUCAGAAGCUAAAGACGGAAUUAAUAGAACAGCCUUGAGAGAAAUCAAACUAUUACAGGAACUCAGUCAUCCAAAUAUUAUAGGACUUCUUGAUGCCUUUGGUCACAAGUCCAACAUCAGUCUUGUGUUUGACUUUAUGGAGACUGAUUUAGAGGUGAUAAUAAAAGAUACUAGCCUUGUGCUGACUCCUGCAAAUAUAAAAGCAUAUAUGUUAAUGACACUCCAGGGUUUAGAAUAUCUUCAUAUGCAUUGGAUUCUACAUAGGGAUAUGAAGCCCAACAACUUAUUAGUAGAUGAUAAAGGAAUCCUCAAACUUGCUGACUUCGGUUUGGCCAAAUCAUUUGGAAGCCCCAAUAGAAUGUAUACACAUCAGGUAGUAACAAGGUGGUACAGAUCACCGGAGUUAUUGUUUGGAGCAAGAAUGUACGGUGUUGGAGUAGACAUGUGGGCUGUUGGUUGCAUAUUGGCUGAGCUGCUCCUUCGGACACCAUUUUUACCUGGCGAUUCAGAUCUAGACCAGCUGACAAAAAUAUUUGAAGCUUUGGGCACGCCGACAGAAGAACUGUGGCCUGGAAUGACGAGCCUUCCAGACUAUGUAUCGUUUAAACGCUUUCCUGGAACUCCUUUGGAGCAUAUAUUCAGUGCUGCUGGGGAUGACCUACUUGAGUUAUUACAAGAUCUCUUUACUUUUAAUCCUUGUACAAGAAUAACAGCUACACAGGCACUGAAGAAGAGGUAUUUUAGUAAUCGUCCAGGACCAACAGCAGGACCUCAACUGCCCCGACCCAACUGCUCAACAGAAGCCUUAAAGGAGCAAGAGGUUAAGACAAGCUUCAAGCGUAAACGAACUGAAAACCUGGAGCAAGGUGGCCUGGCUAAGAGACUAAUUUUCUGACCUUUGUCAUUGAAUGCUGGACAGAAAAGGAACCAACGUGCGAUAGAAGAUAAUAUACCAGUUACAUAUUGUAACUCGAAGACUUAGCUGCUGUGUACAAAGUAGAGUAGAUUUAUUACAUCCAAAAGGGUCUUGAUUUGUACUUGUGAAUAAUGAUGUCUCAGUAAUUUUUCCAAUAAAUGUUUAAGAAAUAUGUAUAGUGUUAUUGAUUGCUUUUUGUACCAUGGAUCUAUAACAUGUAGUUCACAUUGGCCUCUGUCAGUUUUAUGCUUUUUUUUCAUGCUCUCACCCAUUCUUUCCUGUUGCUGAUUGGCAGGCUGGGGGUUGGGUGAUCCUGUUAGUUUUUAUGCAAAGGAGGGGUUGGGUUUGAGGUUUGCGAAUUUUUGUGUAUUUUUCUUUUCAUGCAGGGGGGAUUUAUGUCUUUUUUUCAACUACUAUGGUUUUCUGUUCUUUUUAUGGCUAUCUGGAGAAGACAAAUCCGAGUUGUAUUUCUGCAUACAUACUUUGA